AUGUGCGCAUCCAGUGGCACUUAUGGCUCGAAUUAUUGGACGAUACCUGUCCCUUGUGCGGUCUUCGACGAAGGGGAAGAGUUAUUCUCAUCAUCGAUAUCCACACUAUCGACUUAUCGUAUUGAGCUGGUCUCUAAGCAGAUGAUCUGGUGCCGGAUACUAGGGGUGGCCCUACUGGCCACGGCUGUAUCGUCAGCGGCCCAGAAAACCGAUGACUUGGAGUGCAUGUUCCUCGGCUAUCCCGAUCUAGAAUACGACGGUUUUGAUCGAACUGAGGUAUUAACAGAAAAGAACUUCAACAAGACCGUCUUCGCCGAGGAUGCAAAGUCAGUCGUCUUCUUCAACGAUGUCGAGGAAGAUGAUCCUGAAUUAGACCAGUACGAGUGCUUCAUGCAGCUCUCAGCUCAGAUCAUGACAAAAAGAGGUUACAACUUUUUUACCGUCAACACAACAAAGGAACAAAAGCUGAGAAAACAAGAAGAAGUUGACAAAGGCGAGGACACCAUCCAUGUUUACAAAGACGGUUUCAAGAUUGAGUACAAUGGGGUUCGAGAUCCGGAAACCUUUGUUGGAUGGAUGAUGGAUAUUCCUGAUGACCCAGUAACAAUCAUUAACGAUGAACACGAUUUGGAAGAAUUCGAGGACCUGGAGGACGAAACCGUCAGGAUUAUAGGAUAUUUUGAGCCUGGAUCAGCUGCUCUCAAAGAGUUCGAAGAAGCUGCUGAAGACUUUAUGGGAGAAAUCGAAUUCUUUGCUGUAGUCACAUCCAAGUGGGCUCGCAAAGUCGGUUUGAAAAGAAUAGGAGAAGUGCAAAUGCUGCGGCCUUUUGAAGAGGAUCCAAUCUUUGCCCCAACUUCUGUUGACACCGAGGAGGAAUUCGAAGACUGGGUUGAGAAACACAAAGAACCUGUCAUGCAGAAACUUACGCUAGAAAACUACUUUGCCGUUUGGAAAGAUCCGGAUGACGAUGAGCGCAUGAUCCUAGCGUUUGUCGACGAAGAAACGCGAGAAGGCAGAGCUAUGAAGAAACUUCUAGACAAAAUUGCUGAUGAAAACUCAGAACACGCAGGCACACUCGAAAUUGUGCUGAUCGACCCUGACGAGUUCCCGCUCAUGGUUGAUGUUUGGGAGGAUAUGUUCGGUAUUGACAUCGAAGAAGGCCCUCAAAUUGGUCUCGUUGACAUCGCUGACAAGGAAGGUAUCUGGUUCGACAUCUCGCAAGUGAAUCUAGAUGACCCGAAAAAGCACAGCGACAGCAACUUCGAAGUACUCCAAACUUGGAUUGAUCAGAUCAUGAGCGGCUCAAUCACGCUUGAUGACGACGACGAUGACGAACCCGAGCCUACGCCGCCCCCUCCACCAGCAAAAGCUAAAAAGGGAAAGAAGGAGCUGUAGGACCGCAUUCGAGACGUGUUCGGCCACAAUUUGAGCAACAUUCGAGCCUUUUCACUAGGUUUUUAUGCUAUCGAAUGGGCUGAUUAUUCCUUAGGGAACCAGCCAUUCGCUCUUAGGUAUUUUUCGAAUCCCAAAAAUUCAGAGGUGAUUUUUGUAAAAUGCUUUGACAUCCCUAGCAUCUUGUACAUCCCGCUCAAUUUCGGCUUCUUUUGUUCAUCUCAAAAAGUUUCACAUUGUCCCAAGCUUUUGUAUAUUAUGUGAAUGCUUCAUCAUUUCGCAUACUGGAUGUCUUUUCGUACGAGUGAGAGUCUAUGUGGUUUUCAUGUGUUUCAUGAUUUAGAUUUGCUUAGACGUGCACCCGAUUUUCUCCUGCCAUCACCGGAGGAACGCGUAUUUGUUGUCGUUAACUCGAAACGGAGGGAUAUUCUUUAGAGUUAUGUUUUACAUAAAGUUUAUAACGUGAA